AUGGCGUCAAAUCGGAUGCCUAGCAAGUACGUUAGAAAAACUAAUACCGCUGGUUGGACCGAGGAAACAUUGCAGAAAGCUCUUGAGGCAAUAGAUUCUGGCAGAAAGAUUCGAGAAGUCUCCAGGUCAUUUAACAUUCACGAAGCAACAUUGAGAGCUCGUAGACGAACUAACAACAGGUUUGGUCCAAGCAGAAUAUUUAACGUUGACGAGACUGGAAUCUCAACUGUACAGAAGCCUGCUAAGCAACUAGGACCCAAAGGCGUUAAACAAUUCGGAUCAAAAAUUUCCUGGGAACGUGGAAAGAAUGUCACUGCCAUAUGCGCAAUGAGUGCUUCUGGGAGCUUUGUUCCACCGCUUCUUAUAUUUCCCAGAAAACGAAUGUCGCCAACAUUGGCGAAACAUGGACCAGUUGACGGGAUAUAUGCAGUUACCGAUAAUGGCUGGAGCAAUGAGAAAUGUUUCCUUCAGUGGUUAGAGCAUUUUAAAUUUCAUGUAAAUUCAAAUCUAGAAAACCCUGUUUUGUUGUUGCUUGACAACCAUUAUAGCCAUAUAUCUCUUCCGAUUUAUAAUUAUUGUAAAGGUAAUGGAAUCGUAAUGUUAUCAAUACCACCACAUACCUCCCAUCGCUUGCAGCCUCUCGAUACCUCAUUUUUUGGACCAUUUAAGGGCGCGUUUAAUAAGGAAUGUGAUCUUUUUUUAAAAACUGGCAAGCAAGAAAAAAUAACUUUUGCCGAUUUGGCAGAAAUAUUUAAUAAUGCCUACGUUAAAAUCGCGACUAUGGAAAAGGCUAUAUCAGGUUUUAACUCAACUGGAAUAUAUCCCUUUAAUCCGGAUAAAUUUACAAAAGAGGAUUUUGAAGCUGCUAGUCAAUAUCUACCUACUAUAUGUGAUGAUUUGGACUCUACAAAUGAGGUUGAUUCUGCGCCGUCAACUUCUAGUCUACUAACAUCUGUCCCGUCAACUUCUGGCCUAGCAACAUCUGUCUCCUCAACUUCUGGACUAUCCACAUCUGUCCCGUCAACUUCUGGCCUGUCAAUUUCUCAUCAGUCGCGUAUUAAAGGAAAAUCAAGGUUAAGUGUCUUACCAAAAGAAAAGGUUACCAUUGCCGAGCUAUCACCAUUGCCGUCAUAUUCUGGGAAAGGAAAAACUAAAAAAAAGUAA